AUGGACUUUCGAAAGAUUGCGGACGAUGUGUAUGCGCUCGCCGUGUCGGAGGAUCCCAUCGCGCCGCUCGUCAAGGAAGCCCUGGAGGUCAUCGAUGAGGGCUUGGACACCCAUGGGCAGGAUCGCAUAUCAAUCAGCUUCAACGGCGGCAAGGACUGUACAGUGCUUCUGUACCUCUACGUCGCCGCGCUUGCUAGGCGACUAGGACCAUCGGAGAUUAUGAAGCCGAUACAUGGAAUAUACAUAGCUGUACCUUCACCCUUUCCAGUUCUCGAGAAGUUUAUCGACGAUGCCGCCGAUUCCUAUCACCUCGACCUUUUCCACUGCAAGCCGCCAUCAGAGCCGGUCGAAACCAACGUCACACUUUCAGAACAAUUGGAACAGACUCCAACAAAGCCCAAGGGCAAGGGAGGUGGUGGGAUGCUGCAGGCUCUGGAGAUCUACAAGCAAAGGUUUCCUGAAAUCAGUGCCAUCCUUAUCGGUACACGAAGGGCGGAUCCUCAUGGUGCAAAGCUCUCCCACAGAAAUAUGACAGACGAAGGAUGGCCGUCUUUUGAACGUAUCAAUCCAAUUAUCAACUGGUCUUACGGCGAUGUGUGGAAGUUUUUGCGGCAGCUGGGGGUGCCGUAUUGUAGUCUGUAUAAUGAAGGAUACACGUCCCUUGGGUCCACCUACAACACCUUCCCUAAUCCUGCUUUGCUUGUUCCAUCAUCUAUAGACCCGGACCCUACUUCACAAGUAACGCCGGAUUCUUCGAUAUCGCCGUCUAGCGAGCUUCUGCCAGCAACAUCGAAUUCACGUCCAGACAGUGUUCUACCAAGUCCACCUUCUUCGUCAAUAUCUACACCUCGCUACCGUCCGGCAUUUGAACUAAUAGAGGGAAGCUUGGAACGCGCUGGAAGGGGCUUAAGACCUUCAGCUAUUUCAAUUGGUGGCGCAUAGCAUGGGACAAGAAAUAUUAAAAGAAAUUUGUGAUACAUAGUCUAUAGAUGUAAUCCCGGGUAUAGAACCCAGUGAGGAAUAUUUGAUGCCGUGACUGAGGGAAGAGGGCCGC